GAAAUUUUAGGAAUCAGGAAUGAUUUCCUUUAGAGAUAAGCCAAUAGCUUAUUGGAAUUUCAACUUUGAUUCGAUUCACAUUUCUUUUAGGACAGCGAACGCGUAUUAGCUAGUCGGUUGCACCCGAGUACAACAUUUUUACUUGAUUUCAAUGCAAAUCUUAACCCAGAGAGAGCCAGUAACUAGUAACCUGAUUUUGUUAGAUCAAUUCGAGAAUCAUAUCAAGAGAUAAAUUGCAUAAGUAAUUGUAGAGCAAUUCUCAUUUUGUGCGCAGUUAUAUAUGAAUACAUCACAGAGUAUAUAUCUGUGUAUAUACGACGCCUAUCGUGCGCUUUAUUUGAGACUGUCUUUCCACUGAUAAUGCCGACGUUAUUAUAAUACUCACAUCUCAUAUUUCGACUGUGCUUGCAAUUUUUUAUAUGAGCUCUCUCGAUAUACUUAUAUGCAUAUAGAUACCGAUAUAGCUAGCAAUUUCACUCUUGUUACCCAUUCCACUGAGUGAAAUUUAGGGAGCUGGGCGUGAAGGCUGCGCGUGCGCAGGCGUCAUCAGCAGCUAAACGCACUUGAGAACCACUUCCGGUUAGGGCACUAGGCGGGCAAAGCAAACAAACAGAAAUCAAAAACAAAAACAAUCAAAAAUAUAAAAAUUUUACUGCUUGCAGUGCUGACGAUGCGUCGACGGUCAGCGCAGAUUGGCUGAAUGCGAAACGCGAAAUGCAAUAAGAAAAGCAGCCGCAAAUAUGUGGCUCGCUGCUUAUCCUGGGACGCGUCAUUUCGAGUGGCGCACGAGCAAUUAAAAUUGCACAAUUUAAAUGCUUGUGCAAGCGGCGGCACGCGUCUUGUGUGGCAGAGCGGGACGGGCGAACGGCCCACGCGGGCGUAGCCAGCGGAGAGAGGGAGAGAGGACAAGGAGCAGUGCGUUUGUUUUGACAAGUGCGCAUAAGUACUGUUGGGAUGUUUAGUUGUGUUGUUAUCGUUGUAGUUGUAGUUACUGCCUCUGUAUACGACUAUAUGUAUGUACAUACAUGUAUGUAUAUGUGCAUACACACAUACGUACAAAUGUAGCGGUUCAUGCACAAUUUGUCGUCACUUGCGACGACGAUGACUUAAUUUGUUUAGCAGCAGCCCACAAUUAUAGCAGCUGAGUCCCAGAGCUGACCAAAGAGUCAGCCUCUGCGGCCGUCGGCUGCUCAUUCGCACUCUGAGCAGCGCUGCGUCCACACAUACACAUAUGUGACACGUUCUCCAGCACGAACAUGGAUAUGGGUAUGGAUAUGGGCAUGAAUAUGGGCAUGGACAUGGACAUGGACAGGGAUAUCAACAUUAACAUCAACAUCAAUGCUAGCGAGACCCUUGAGUUCUCAACGUACCUCCUGUCCUCAUUUGCCGGCGCCGACAGCAAUGGCAGCGGCAGCAACGUGGGCGCCGAUUCCGAGGACUCGCUCAUUGGCCAUACGCGCAGACAAGCACCGCCUAGACAGAAGAUUAAUGCACGGGAGCGCCAUCGCACUUUCAACGUGAAUGCUGCAUAUGAGGCGCUGCGCGGCUUAAUCCCCACGGAGCCCGUUAAUCGCAAACUAUCCAAAAUCGAAAUAAUACACCUGGCCAGCAGCUAUAUAACGCACCUAAGCAGCACGUUGCACGCAGGAACCGAUAGACAGCCCUGUCUGCGUCAGAAGUGGGAGCACAAGUGCGAAAACGAUGGCAACAGAGCUGCGGAGCGUGUUAACAUUUGCACAUUUUGCAUGCGACCUAAAUUUUCACAGUCCACGAGAAAUGUAGAAUAGUCUACAGUUAAUCUAAUUGAAUAUAAUAUUAAAUGUGUACAUAAAUAAAUGUUAUUCAUACCGCGA